AUGUCGUUGAGCCGUUGUCUUCCUUUGGGACAAAAUGCCCGUGUCAUUAUCAUUCCAGCCAGAUUCGCCCAUGCUGCUCGUAAGUUUCUAUUGAAUCUUGAGUUUUUCUAGAGUUAUCUGUUUAUUUUUAGCAGCCUCCACCAACGCAGCAUCGGAUGACGCACCAAACUACUUCCAAAAGAUUGCUCUCCGCUUCCAAGGUAAUUUUCAAUAAAUUUUGGGGAAAUUUUGAAAAUGUAUGCUUUUAGGUGUCCCACUCAAGGGUGAGGCUCAUGCACCAAAAUCAGCUUUUGAUGAUGCCAACAAGGAAUGGUCAGCACCAGAAGUCCUCCCAGCUAUUCCAAAAGACUUCAAAGAACAUCCAGAUCGCGACUUGGUUAGUUAAUCGUAAAGGGAGGGAUUGUGGGAGGAAAACUGUUUUAGAAAAUAUGUUAGACUUGGAAAAAUUCUCAUUGAACAUAAAUUGUGUCGCGAUUUCAAAACUUUCAGGAUACAAUAAAUUUUAAACAGUGGAAUAUUGUUUCAAAAUUCAGUUAAUGUUGAAAUGAUAUUUCAAAGCUCAUUAAAUUUUCCUUCAAAGUUACAAAUCUUCUCAACAGAAACGUUUGCUGUUUCAGAAAUUUCAAAAUUUCAAAAAACCAGAAACUUAUAUUGAUAAAUUUCCAGGUCAACUACCCAUACCCAGCCCGACCAAUGUACCCACCAAAGACUCGUCUUUUGAUGAUGCCAGACUCGUGGUUCACCGCCUUCAACAAUGUCACCGGAGUCUCCGGACCAUACCUUUUCUUCGGAGGACUUUUCGCCUUCCUUCUCAACAAGGAAUUGUGGGUGUUUGAAGAACAAGGACACAUGACUGUCGGAUGGAUUCUUUUCUAUCUUUUGGUCAAAAACACAUCUGGAUGUAAGUUUUUUCUUGAAAUUUUUUUGCAUUAUGUGAUCCAAAUUCAAACAAUUUUUCAGACAAAAUCGAUCAAUCCUUGUACCAAGGUUAUCAAGAACGUGUCAACUUCUUCAAGGGACUUAUCCAAGAAGAUCUUAAGGACGCUGUUCAAUUCCGUAAAACAUCGGCUGCCGAAACCGAAUCCUUGAACGCCAUCAAGGAAGCUCUUCCAACAGCUCUCAAGGAGAGCAUGGCUCUUCAAUUAGAAGCCACUUACAGAAAGAAUGUUCAAACCGUUGCCACUGAAUUGAAACGCCGUAUUGAUUACUUGAAAGAAACUGAAGAAACCAAACAACGUUUCGAGAAGGAACAACUUUUGAAACUUAUUAACUCUAGUGUAAGUUUUUAGUUUUUCUUUGGUUCUUUUAGAAUAUUCAUUGAGAUUUUUGCAGGUAGAAAAACAAAUCAACGACAAAUCAUUCAAGGAUCAAUAUUUGUCAAAUGCUAUCCAACAAUUGAAAGGAUUGAACCUCUCCGUUUAA